GUGGGCUCCGGGCUCUGCCCGGCCGCGCUCGUCCUCCUGCUCUCCGCCUGUGUAGUGCGGGCGCCCCCGCCAGUUGGAUAUUUGGUUCGAUUCCCAAGAGCUUUUCACUUGACCCAAGAUACAGUGAAAAUAGUGGGAUCAUCAACUUUUCCAGUGAACGUGUAUGUUAUGCUCCAUCAAAGGAGUCCACAUGUGUUAUGUGUUACCCAACGGCUACGAAAUACUGAAUUGAUAGACCCAUCAUUCCAAUGGCAUGGGCCAAAAGGAAAAGUUAUUUCAGAAAACAACACUUCAAAAAUAACAUCCACAGGGAGUCUUGUAUUCCAGAAUUUUGAGGAGAGUAUGAGUGGAGUUUACACAUGUUUCCUUGAGUAUAAACCUACUGUGGAAGAAGUGGUUAAAAAUCUUCAACUAAAAUAUAUUGUGUAUGCUUAUCGUGAGCCUCAUUAUUAUUACCAGUUCACAGCUCGGUAUCAUGCAGCUCCCUGCAAUAGUAUCUAUAAUAUUUCUUUUGAGAAGAAACUUCUUCAGAUUUUAAGCAAACUGGUUCUUGAUCUUUCAUGUGAAGUUUCCUUACUUAAGUCUGAAUGUCAUCGUGUUAAAAUGCAAAGGGCUGGUUUACAAAAUGAAUUGUUCUUUACAUUCUCAGUUUCAUCUCUAGAUACUGACAAAGCAUCUAAGCCAUGUGUAGAUCAUAGUUGUGAAUCUUCCAAAAGACUAUCUAAGGCUAAAAAUCUCAUAGAGAGAUUUUUUAAUCAACAAGUAGAAGUUCUGGGCAGACGUGCAGAGCCAUUGCCUGAAAUAUACUAUAUUGAAGGUACUCUACAGAUGGUUUGGAUUAAUCGCUGCUUUCCUGGGUAUGGAAUAAAUAUCAUGAAACAUCCAAAAUGUCCUGAGUGCUGUGUGAUCUGCAGCCCUGGAUCUUAUAACCCCCGUGAUGGAGUUCACUGCCUUCAGUGCAAUAGCAGCCUGGUGUUUGGAGCAAAAGCAUGUUUAUAGGCCAUUGUUUGAGGUCUUCUAUGGUUUAUUGACACACAAA